AUGGAAACCAGCACUACUUCCACGACUAGCUUACCAACCACACAUGGAGCUCGGCCAGUGAAUCCUGACCUCAAUCCCAUUGCUAUAGCAGCUAGAGGGAACGAGAUCACAGGACUAGAGAUAUUCCAACAGACUUCAGACGAUUUCACAAUAACCAGAGUGGAAGAACUUAUUGCCAAAAUGAACGCAGAUCAACCCACUGGCGGUAUAGAUAUGGCGUAUGGGGAAAAGGACGCACAUCGUCUCCGCUUUUGGAAGACCGAACCACCUAAAGCUCCGGUUAUCGUUUUUGUACAUGGCGGUAGUUGGCGAUCUGGAACCUAUUUGGACUCUAUAGGUUCCGCCAAGGUCGAUCAUUUGACUAGCCAGGGCUAUGCAUUCUCCACUGUCAACUAUUCGCUUAUCCCCUCCGUCAAGGUGGAAGAGCAAGUGCAGGAAGUAGCCAACGCGGUGGGCUACCUUGUCAAGAACGCGCCUAGACUUGGUAUUGAUCCUGAACGGGUCAUUCUUAUGGGGCAUAGUUCUGGUGCGCACGUUGUUACUCUGCUAGGAACCGACUCAAAGUACCUAGAGCAGGCAGGAACUGGUGUUCAUGUUGUGAAAGGCGUCAUUUCCCUGGACGGCUCGAACUAUAAUGCACUGGCCGAGAUCACCGAUAGUCCUGGGCCGAUAGCGGAAAACGCGAUUUAUGGGCUUGGCAGUGAUCCAGAACGACUACGCGCUAUGUCACCUACUUACCAUGCCCGCGCACCUAAUGCGCAUACUUUCCUGCUUCUUCAUGUCCACAGACAUGGUGACAUUCGCCAGGCAGUUGAGUUAGCCGCUGCACUCAACGCUGCAGGUACUGAAACUGUUCUCCAUGUGUUUGAAGGCCAGAGCUUUGAAGGUCACAUGCAAAUGCUGCUUCGGCUUGGGGAUCCAACUUAUCCGGCGACAUCUGUCAUGAAUGACUGGCUCAAGAUUCAUGUUCCAGUUAAUUAG